AUGAGAGCUAGUGCGAGUACAAAGAUGUCAUGGACGAAAGGUAAAUCAUCUGGUUGGACUGCGUUUGAUCUCAAACAGAGACAGAAACAAGGUCUCAAAAUCAAGCUCGAUGACGAUCCAUUCCCGCCUGUUUCAAGUAAUGGCAAUACAACAUCACUAGAUGUAAGAGGGAAGCAGAGAAGAAAUCAUGAACAUUCUUCUGAAAAGUCUUUCUCUUCUGUGCUCAUACCUCCUUCAAAACUUCCGGCAUUGACAGAGGAUAAAGCUUAUAGAAAAAACCAAGUUAACGGUGGAGGUUGCAGAAGGAAACCGAGCACUUUGAUUCCUCCUGUGAACAGUCAUGAUUCAGCCUUCGUGAAGCUGAAGGAAAUGUUCAGCUGGGCAGAUGAUAGCUUGAUAAGGGAUAUAUUGUUGUCCACAGAAGAUAAUCUUGAAAUGGCCUUAGAGUUCUUAAAAGGAAUGGUUUCUGCUGGUGAUUCAGUACCAGACGAAGGUAACAACAAUAAGGAAGCUGAGAAGUAUGAUCAGCAAGAGAGUGGUGGAAGUUCGUUUCAUGUGAAUGCGUAUGAGAGUGAAAGGCUCUCUGAUGAUAUAUCUGAACUAGAUAGCAUCAUUCAGCGGCUUCACUCCAUUCCUAUAGAGCCUGAAUGGGAAGAAGAUGAUCUCUACUCGAUUCAUCGAAAGGACGCUCUCAAAAUGAUGAGGUCAGCCUCAAACCAUUCAAGAGCUGCUCAAAAUGCUUUUCUGAGAUAUGACCAUGCUUCUGCCAAGCAGCAUUCGGAGAAAGGAAGAGAGGAUUGGUCAGCAGCUGAGAAGCUUAAUGCUGAGGCAGCCAAGAAGAUCUUAGGCAUAACGAAUAGAAAUAACGACGUAUGGAAGUUGGACCUGCAUGGUCUCCACGCAGCGGAAGCUGUACAAGUGUUGCAAGAACGUUUGCAAAAGAUCGAAGGUCAAUUCACGGUGAACCGUUCAGUAUCACCAAAUAGAGGUAGGCUGAAGAAUGUAGCUCUGAGGUCUGCAUCACAAGAGCCUUGUGGUAGGUUAGAUGUGGAAGGCCUGGACCGUCAAAGAACUUCGUCUAGAGAACUACGAAACUUGUUGCAGGUUGUAACAGGUAUUGGUAAACACAGUCGUGGACAUGCUUCACUUCCUGUAGCUGUGAGGACAUUCUUUGAAGACAACAGGUACAGGAUUGAUGAGACAAGACCAGGAGUUAUUACAGUGCGGCCUAAAUUUCGACACAGCUGA